UCUGCAAUUUAUUCUAGGAAUUUCUAUUAUAUCACAAUGCUGAGGGAUCCAGUGUCCCGUUAUCUGAGUGAAUGGAAACAUGUCCAGAGAGGGGCCACUUGGAAGACAUCUCUUCACAUGUGUGAUGGGAGAAGCCCAACUCCAGAUGAGCUGCCUACUUGCUACCCAGGAGAUGACUGGUCUGGCGUCAGCUUAAGGGAAUUUAUGGAUUGUGGCUAUAACCUGGCCAACAAUCGCCAGGUCCGUAUGCUGGCAGAUCUUAGCCUGGUGGGAUGCUACAACUUGACUUUCAUGAAUGAGAGUGAGCGGAACAUGAUCUUGCUGCAGAGUGCCAAGAACAACCUGAAGAACAUGGCCUUCUUUGGGCUCACAGAAUUCCAGCGGAAAACUCAGUUCCUAUUUGAGAGGACAUUCAAUCUCAAGUUCAUCUCUCCUUUCACGCAGUUUAACAUCACACGGGCCUCUAAUGUGGAGAUCAAUGGAGGGGCCCGCCAACGCAUUGAGGAGCUGAACUUCCUGGACAUGCAACUUUAUGAGUAUGCAAAAGACCUUUUCCUACAACGCUACCACCACACCAAACAGCAGGAACACCAGAGGGACAGGCAGAAGAGGCGGGAGGAGCGGAGGCUGCAGAAGGAGCAUCGGGCUCACAGGUGGCAGAAGGAGGAUGAGACAGCAGUCACAGAGGACUAUAACAGUCAAGUAGUCCGAUGGUGACACCUUCUAUUUCACCUCCCAUGGGGGUAGGAGGACCAUGGACAAUGUUGUUAUUUUGCUGAAUCAUCUAAGGGAGUGACAACAAUGAGCCAUGAUUUCUAAAUAUACGAGACCUGAUUCAAACAUCUGCCCUCCCUUUGUCUUCUUUUCCCCUUAGCUUUUAACCAGCUGAAGGGGUAAUUCCUCUUUUUUUCUUGACAUUUUUCAGUCAAUGAUAUCAAAUAGGGUAGAAUGAUAUCCCAAACAAACCACUCUGAAAGGCCCACACCAAGAUGGGGAACUAAGAAGUCUGUUUUUGUCUCCUUUUCAGCCACACAGUAGAAGAAAGACAUGAGAAGCCAGAGCCUGCAGUGGCAUGAAUGUGAAAACCAAGCUGGGGCUUGGGAGUUUGGUAGAAAUUGGUCUGUUUUCACAAUGCCUUUGUAAUAGUAUUAUAGGACUAUUUAUAGGGAUCAAGAAAGGAAGGGAGAGAAGGGGAAAAAAAACAUUUGCAGGCUCUCAGUCAAAAAAGAAGAGAAUGUCAUCCACUGCUGUGUUGAAUUCAUGCUAGAGGAUGAAACAUGUGGGCCUUCCUUCACCUUUUCACUACGAAUGGCCUGACUCUGGAUGUAUCUUAGAACACAAGCAAAAGGCAGUCACUGAUGCACUAGUCUAACUGUGACCAUCAUCCUAGGCAUAGGCCAUAUAAACUUCCCCAUCAUCUUUUUCUAAAAUAAGGUCCUGUUAAUUGACUGUGUAUAGCCAUUAAAAAGGAUCAUCAUUAGUGAUCUCUCACAGGUGGACUCCAUUUUUUCUCUUAAAAGUUGAAAAUGGAACUGAAAAUAAAUUAUGAGGAAAAUGAUAUGUCUAACCAUGUUCUAAACUUACUAGUGAAGCAUAUUUAUUGAACUAAUAUGUGUAUUUUUCUGAGGAAAUGGAAAUAGAUAUCUUCCUUGGUAAAGCACUGCCCAUAGGAUUGAAAUUCUGCUAUGAAAAUAAGACUGUAAGGUUUUGGCUUGGAACUUGAUAAGGCAGCUAGCAUGUGUGCAAGGUCAUUGUUCUCAAGUUGUUCUAUGAAUAACACCGUAUACUGGCUGCCCCAAAUGAGUGCUGGAUAUGGGAUAAUUAUUCCAGAUUUUCAGUGAGACAGGACUUAAUGGUGUCUCAAAUAUCUUCAGUCUAGUACAUUUUUCUUCAUUCUUAAACCUUUGAUUGUUGUAGGAAUAAACCUGUGAUAUAAUAUUUAACACAUGCGACCACGGUAUAUCCAAUUGGAAGUUAAUGCUCCUCAGAUGCUUCCCAUUCUUCUUGAUCUUCUACAAAUGACAUGAACAAAAUAAGCUGGCAAAUAAAUGAAAACCCAUGAGAUUUGGGAGAGGAAAUAUCUGUAAUGUUUUCUGUCAUGUCAUUGAUUACAUAGAAGGAUAUGGGUGCCAUGAAAGAUGAACUGAAAAGUUCCUACCAGAAGCAUGACAUGAACACAAGUAGGAUCUGCAAAGCGAAUUGAUUUUUUUGGGGGUGAUCAAACUUAAAAUUCUGAAGGCAGCCAACUUUCAUGAACCACCCUUCAUCCUACUCUCAGAAUAAGUCCUUUGGGUUGGAGAAUCCAUAAAUCAACUAAGUAAUUAGCUUGCAUUAAGUGGCUAGUGAAAGCAAGUGUGUGUGCCAUGUACUGAGGGAAGAAAGGAAUUUAUCUCCUUGACCAAGCACAGUCCAUGUGGUUCUAUCAAAUAUUUGAUGGGGGUAGAAGGGUCAAUAAGAUUUCUGUACCAUGACCCUCAAUCUAGUCAGUAAGGCCAUCAUCCACAAGCAAAGGCUAGGAUUAGAGCUGUAUAAGUGGGUGAUGGUGCCAGCACUGAUAGCAGCCCUUCAGUAUCUGGAGUGAGCCAGCUGCUCUUACCCAGUUGGGUUUGUUUCUUAUCCAUGAGGAUGGUGCUUGUACCAUGAUGGUUUCAUGAUGUUUGAUGGUUUCAGUCUCACUGUGGCCUGACACCUAACUCAUGUUGGAAGUCACUCCCUCCCCACCCCAUACACAUAUCCCUCCACCCCACCAAAAAUGCCAUUAUGAUGAAUGACUUGGCAACUGUACUUUUGGAGCCAUGAAGAGAAAAUAAAAAGGAGUGACAUAAAUAUGUCUCAUUAGAUGAUAGAGAUUAGUCUGACAAGAGAUGAAUCUGACAAGACAUCAGUGUUUUCCAUCCUGGUGAUUUGUCUGUAAGAUGGGAAGGAGAAAUAAGGGGAAGGGAGAGAAGAGGGGGUUGAAGCUAGAAUUAAUGAGCAGAUUUUUAUAUCUUCAUUUUAUUUUGCUGUGAAUAUGGUAUGGUUUUGCCAAGACUGGCAGAGGUGCAAAUUUUCCCUUCUGCCUGCUGUUGGGGGAACACACACAAGCGUGCAUGCACAUGAGCAGGAGAACAGGCCAGCAUACACACACACACACACAUACAACACACACAUACUGCAAUAAUGAUACAGCUUUAUGUGAUUUGGAAAUUCAAAAUAAAUUAGAGAGCAUUUGAAUUUUUUUCCUCUUAAACUUGCCUUUAAAAUAUUGGCAGGGAAUUUUAAUGCAUCUGUAAGUCGUCAACUACUAACAUCAUGCUGUUCCUAAGGCAGAGGGAAUUUAUAUCCAAAGGCUUUCCCCAGCAUCACUGCUGCUUGCUUGAUAUAUGUCACUCCACUUGAGAUGGGAUAUCACGCUAUUCAGAAGGGCAGCCAUCUAUUUGGAUUGGUCUAAGGCCAAGCCUAAGCAAAUUAAACAGGCAGCUGUGGUCUUGUUCUGUUAUAUUCUUUCAACACAAAGCAACCUGUACAUGGUUUCAAAUCCCCCAGGUACUGAGGUGAUACUAUGGUGAUAUAAAUUGAGAGGUGAGAAGGUGCAUUCUUCACUGCAAACCAAAUUUAUACCUGCUACCUGAGUGGAAAGUUACCAAAGUAAGUCAUCAGCCUUAAGAUAAAAACACAAAUCAAUUCUAAUUAUGGCAUUACACAAAGCCCAAGAAAAAAAAAAACAGAACCCCCCCCCACAAAAAUAAAAGCAAACAAAAAACCUUAGGCAGUUCCAAAUUGGAUGAAAUACAAUCAUAUUCAGCUCUACCUUCACUACCCCUUUCCCUCUCUCUCUGUGGUACUUCUCUCCAUAGCCUAACCAUGCCAUGAGUUUCCAAAUGGUUUUAUUAAGGUCAAUAAUAUUUAUGAAGUACCUCCUACAUGUAAGGCACUAAGAUAUGUGAAUCCCAUUCUGUGUUCUUCAGACAAAUGUUUGGCUAACUAAAGAGAUCUGAUGUGUUCCCUUUUCUUGAUGAGAAUAUAUAAUUGGGGUAUACUUGUCAAUUUUUGAUAAGGUCAAUAAUGUCCCCAAAUAACAGCAAAAUGCACACUGUCCAUUCAGAAGUGAGGGGCUUUGCUGUUUAGUGUAACCUUGUGUGUUUCAUCUGCUUUCACUAAAGUACUGAGACUUGGGGGCUCAGGUAAUAGGAUUAAAGUAAACUUUCAAAGGACUGAGAAGAGGAAAUACUGUCUUCUCAGGGGAUACAUUCUACACAGUAGGCUAGUAAAGAUAACCAUUAGUGCAGGUUUUUAAGAAAUAGACCUAAGUUAUAAGGAGAUAAUCUGUUUUUGGGGGAGUUGUCAUUUAAUUCAUGUUUCACCCAAACUUCAUGAGAUAAAAUUGAAAUUAAGAAUAAUGUCUAAACUUUGUUUAGUGCUAUAUACUUUGCAAAACACUUUCAAAUACUCACAUCAUUUGACCACUCAAUCAAUAAGCAUUUUUAAGCCUCCAAUGUGACAGGUACCAUGGCAGGUGCUAGGUAAACAAAGUCAAAAAUGAAAUAGUCCCCCCUCUUAAGAAGAUUGCAUACUAUCAGGGGAGACAACAAAGAUAUAAAGAGUGUGUAGAAUAAAUACAAAAUGAAUACAAAAUGGUUUAGGAAGAAAGGACUCUAACAACUGGGGAGGAUGAGGAAAAACUGAUAAUGUAGAAGGCUGUGCAUGGGCUGAGUCUUGAAGGAAGUUGGGAUUUCUAGGAGAAACAGGAGAGGGAAGAGUAUAUUGUAAGCGUGAGGAUGGUCAAUGCAUAAGUAUAGAGACGGAGGAUCCCUCCAAAAAAACUUUUUAGGAAAAUAGAGCAGCUAUUAUUAUCCCCAAUGUGCAGCUAAAGAAACUGAGUCUCAGAGAAGUUAAGUGAACUGUCUGAGGUCACAUAUUUAAAUGCUGGUGGGAGAUAUAAGAGGUCACUUGAUUUCCUGACAUACUUCAAUGGGUAUUUUUUUUUUUUUUCAAUUCACUACGCUGCAAUGGGUAAUCCCUAGAGUUAAGAAAAAGGAGCAAAAUAGAAAGCCCCCAUUUUGGCAUUCUCUUCAUCCAAACCUCACAGAACUGCCAGCACGUUGCAAACUGGGCCCUGUGAAAUUCACCUUGCCUUGCCUUCUGUUGGAUGUGCUAAAAAUCAGUGAAAGAUCAAAUGAUGGGCAAUACAAGGUAAGGGAAGAGAAGCAAAAAACCUAUGUGAUCUGUAUUCUGGAGUAAUAGAGGAACACCACUAUGAGAACUGUGGAUUAAUUCUGCCCCCUCAAAAAUUUCACCCCUUAAGUCUGUGAUAGUGCCUGAAAUUUUUCUAUUAGAGAUGUAUUCCUUUGGAUCUUAAAGGAUUUUUGUCUCCAAAACUCCAGCUUAAAAGGCAGAUGCUCCUUUUUUUGGAGGGGUGGGGCUCAGUGGUCAGAGAUACCAUUGUAAAGAACAUGCUUCUCAAGCACCAACUCAGUAUCAACAGAUUAUUAGAUGUCUUUCCAAUUUUGAUAGUCAACUGAGGACAAUGACUUAUAGGAGCAGGACAAAAGAAGGCUGCCUGAGCAUGAGGGAAAAUUCAAGGAGCAGAGAGAGAGAUACUCAAUAAGAUGAGAAGGGCCAAAACCAAAUUUUUCCUACUGCCCAGUUUUGCCAGGGCUGGCUCCUUGGCAGAUUACAGUAUUCUGGGCUCUGGCGGCAAAAGUAGUUAGGACAAGAUUAUGAGGAAAUAGAUGAGAGAACUGGGGCAAAUCAAAUCAAAUAAAAAAAUAAAAUAGCUCAAUACCUGGACUAUUUUAUGAGAUGAAGAUAAUGUAGGAAGGAUCAGAACCAAGCGGAACAGUGGGCAAAGGAUCAUCAUGUUUCAUCUGCCUGUACCUCUGUCUUCUGAUUAUUGUGCUUUCACUGACUUAGACAAAUUGUGUCCCUCUGAUAUCCUUCAAGAUACCAAAACUGCCAGUCUAUUUGUUUAUCUACAUCAUGGUGGACAGUAACUCCAUGCAUAUAUGAGAGUUGUUUUGGGACUCAUCCAUGAUACUUUCCCCAUUACUUUCUUGACUUCCCUUGCUAUUCUUCUUAGGCCCUUUGUUUAUCCAUUCUUUCCCAAUUAAGUUAGUACCCAUCAUCCAAUGCAUAUCAGGUCACUUCUGAAUCUACACAUUGAAAUUGUUUAGUAGCCUUGCUCUUGGAGGUGGCUCAGAUAUGAAACCUUGGCAGAUUCAAUACUUCAUUGUUGUAUUCAGGCCCUAUUGACAAAAAUGAAUUAAUAGACUCAACCCACUGGGAAGAGGAACUGCAUUUGUCAGAGAAAUGCAUGGCUUUACAGACAGGCAGUGUCUGUGAGCUAUCACUGCCCUCAGUUCCAAGGGCAUUGCCUAGACCCCCUUGUCAGACUCUAGAUUCUGAGAUUCCAAAGCACAAGUGGCUGAUAAGCAUAUGUUCUAAGUUGUCUGCAGAAAAGAAUAAGAAUUGUGACCUCUUGGCCUACCAGAUACCACUGUGCUAGCAUUCUUGUGCUCUGUGCUGGAUGGUGACAAAUCCAAGGACCAAGUGUCAGCAGUGGAAAGGUUGAGUCUUCUCUGGUGACAGCUGUGACAUAUUCUGAUGAAAUAAAUCUCUCAAAUAUUUUCGUUGUUGUCAGAUUUUUCUACCAUCAUUUACCUUAACACUUCAUAUAAUCUUCCCCCCAGUGAUUGCAACACUUUCUAUAUUUUACUUGUAUUCCUUUUCAUUAAAAAAAAUUUAUUAUGCAUUGGAAGGAAAAUCUGAAUUCUCCAUCUGGUACCACAUUUUAGGUGAAAGGUAGUUAUUCAGUAGAUGGUAAUUAUUUUGUCCUGAGGGAUUUUCCUUUUGUUUCUGUGCAAUAAUGUGUACAAACUUGGCUACUCUGAGACUGUAUUGUGCAUUAUCAACUUUUCUUGCUAUUUAAAAACUGAUAGUUUGUAGAUCUGAGGAUUUUCAUUGAUGUAAAGCACAAUUUAAUGAAUAAGUUAACAUAUUAAACCAUU